UCCCAUCUCCUGUUCCACUCUUCAUGUCUCUUUCCUUCUCUCCUUCACCUCUCUCUCUCUAUAUACACAUAUCCAUUCUUCCCCUCUCUGACCAAUGCACAAAACCAUAGCUUUCAUAGCUGAAGAUUCCUCUGAAUAUAUAUCAUUCAGAUUUCAGCGUCGCCUCUCUUCUUUUUCUUUUUCUCUGGUUCAACAAUGGCUGCGACGAUCUCACUGACGUCGGCUUCACCUCUCGUUUCAUGCCGCGGUCCGCACGCGACGCUUAAGACAGUAUCUCCGAGUUCUGUUGCUUUUCCCAGAAGAAACCAUCGAUGGGUCGCUCUUGUGAGAGCUCAAGACCAGCAAAAGGACGGCUCUAUUGAUGUUCAUCUGAAUCAAGGACAAGGACAACAACAGCAAGGCAAUCAAAGCUCUGCUGUUCAGCAACGGCCUCGACGCUUAUCCUUGGAUUCUUCUUCUUUCGGGUUGUUGGAUCCUAUGUCGCCGAUGAGGACAAUGAGGCAAAUGUUGGACGCCAUGGACAGGAUGUUCGAGGACGCCAUGACGGUCCCAGGAAGAAGCAGAGGAGGAGGAGGAAGUGGAGUUACAGAAGUGAGAGCUCCAUGGGACAUAAAGGAAGAGGAACACGAGAUCAAGAUGCGUUUCGACAUGCCCGGCCUGUCCAAGGAAGACGUGAAAGUGUCCAUCGAAGACGACGUUCUCGUCAUCAGAGGAGAGCACAGGAAGGAAGAAGGCGGAGAAGAUUCUUGGACAAGCAGGAGCUACAGCUCUUACGACACUCGUCUUCAGCUUCCCGACAACUGCGUCAAGGACAGUAUCAAAGCCGAGCUCAAGAACGGCGUUCUCUUCAUUUCCAUUCCCAAAACCAAAGUCGAACGCAAAGUCUUCGAUGUUCAGAUUCAGUAAAAUCUGAAUCAUCCUUCGGUUUUAUCCAACAGUGGUUUUCUCGAGCUCUUGAUAUAUACAUCCCUAUAUAUAUAUAUAUGUUGUAUACAUCCCACCAUAUAUAUAUAUAUAUAUAUGGGUCCUUGUAACGCAAGUGUGGUGUAUAAAACGGUGAAAUAAAAGAGAUCCUUUGGCUGGUGCUGAACAA